UUUUUCAUUUUUAACUCCCAACUGACCUUGUCUAUCUACCACACGCACCCAAAAAAAAACACCGCCGCUUUGCUUUCGUUUCUUUGAUCCUCCGGCGGACUCGCCGAUCAGGUAGAUGUAGAGGGGAGAGACGCGAUUGAAAGAAGAAAAAAAAAGUUUGGGAAUUUGUGGGUUUUUCCUGCUCUUGAAACAGAAUUGUGGGAAGGCAAGGAGUUCAGAAGUGACGGGCUUUGUUUUGGUUGUUUAGAGUGUCUUUGGUUGCCUUGUCUUAAGAAUUUAGACAUGGUUAAGGAAGAAAGGCCACAAAUUACAAGGAGAGCAACUAGAUCCUCCGCUUUGGCUAAAAGUGUAGUUGAAGAAACAGAUACAAGCAGUCAACACCCAAAUGAUACUACUUUGAGUUCAGACAUGGUUGAAGAAGAAAGCCCACAAAUCACAAGGAGAACAACCCGAUCCUCUGCUUUGGCCAAAUGUUCAAACAAUGUAGUUGAAGAAACAAAAGCAAAUAGUCAGCAGCAACUGACUUUAGAUGACCUUGUGAUUGGAGAAGAAGGAGAGUCCUUUAGCUUCACUGAUCUGGUGUCUAGUUUUCCUGGUAGAGAUAGUCAGAUCAAAGAGCUUGUGCACCUUUUGGGUCCGCAGAACUCUCCCAUGCUUCCUAUAUUUAUAUAUGGAGGCUCUUCCACUGGAAAAACUAGUAUUGUUCUACAAACAUUUAGGCAUCUUAAACGACCUAUUGUUUACCUAAGCUGCCUUACCUGUUAUAAUCCUCGAAUAUUGUUUGAAUCCAUAUUGAAUCAAUUGUUCCUUCACCAAAAGAAUGCAGAAAAUGGUUAUUCUAGUGCAAAGCGCUGUGAAAAACCAUCUGAUUUUGUGAAUUUUCUUCACGAAGCCUUGGUUAGCAUUAUUGGUAAUCCUCAGGGACAAAAGUCAGGAUUGAGUAGCAAAAGGUCAGGAAAGGCUAGUGGAAAUAUGAUCUACUUGAUUUUUGACAAUUUGGAGCGUGUCAAAGGGUGGGACAAAGGUUCUACUGUGUUACCUUUGUUGUUUAAUCUCUAUGAUACUCUGAAAAAGCCCGAGGUCGGUCUUAUCUUCAUCAGCAAUAACUCACCGGAUACAUAUGACUCAAAUAUGGGUUAUGUUGAGCCUAACCCUCUAUAUCUUCCUGAUUAUACGGAUGAUGAUCUUGGUCAAAUCUUAAUGAGAAACCAAGCAAACAAAAAGCUUUAUACCUCUUUUCUCAGUGUUGUACUAAGGCCUUUCAGUAGAAUUACCAGACGAGUGGAUGAAUUGUCUAGUGCCUUUUCACUAUUAUUCAGAAAAUAUUGUGAACCUGUUACUGAUCUUGGGGUUGUUCCCAAUGAAGAAAUGAAGAGAAAGUUGUUUAGUCAAUUUCAGCCCCAUAUUGCUCCUGCACUGAAUGAGAUAUUUAAGGUGUCAACUCAGCCUUCCACUGAAGUUGAAGCUAGGGAGAGAAAGCCAAAGGGUAGCACAAGGAAAUCCGGAGGUUAUGAAGUUGUUGACCAGUUGGAUUUUCACAUGUCUACUUCUGCCAAGUAUCUUCUUAUUUCAGCAUUCCUUGCUUCAAGAAAUCCAGCUACCCUUGAUGCAUCAUUGUUUGAUUCUACUGGAGGUUCUAAUAAUCGAAAACGAAAGAGGAAGGUCUCUGAGAAGUCAAUGGAACAGAAGGAAACUGCAGAACAGGAAUUACUCAUGAAGGGCCCCGGAACAUUCGCAAUGGAGAGGUUACUAGCCAUAUUCCAGUGUAUUACAUCUGUGGCGGAAGAUCCACUUGAUGAUGAGGAACAAGCGCAGGAUGGGUUAGGCAUUCAAGAUGGGCAUUGUGGGCUCAUGUCUGAUGUCCUCUUACAAUUGACUAGUCUCUGUGGUGCAAAUUUUAUUGUCAAAGGAGGAAGCUGCCCACUGGAGGGCUCAACUCGCUAUCGUUCUACAGUUAGUGAAGAUAUGGCCCUGCAGGUAGCAAGGAGCAUUAAGUUUCCUCUCUCAAAGUACUUGUACAGAAGAUGAUUGCUUAAGGGCAAUGGUAUCUGCAACAUUGUCGUCAACUUAUUUUCAAGGAUGAAUUAGAAGGGUCAGAUUGUGUUUUCAGGUCAGUUUUGCUACUGCCAGGAAAUAGCUGAGGAAGCAACAAUAAUAUGAAAGAUGUGAUGGGGAAAUUGGGGGUAGAUACCACAACUUCAAUGUGGGAGGACUUUUCAAUUUCUGGGGGCCUUAAAUUCCAUCUUAAAUGCCAUCUUUAGAGAAAUGCCGCGUCGAUGCUUUAUUUCAAUGAGUCCAAUUGGAAGUGUUGACAAACUAGAAACAGUUGGAAUGAGAGAGAUCGAGAGGUUGACUCUAAUAACUUUCUAGGGUCCAGAGUCCUAUCCUUAGUGGUCCUUCAUGGGAGGCGGAUCUACAAAUUUUCUUUGGCCAUCAAUCUCUAGUGGGAGACCUAAUCUUCUUUGAAAUGUGGUUUAUGAACACUCUACAACAACUAUGGGAGCUGUCGACAAGAAUCUCAAGUACUUGGAAUUUGUUAUCAGAAACACAAAGAUAUAUUGAUUUUGAUGCUUGAACAGCAUUAUUAGUUUCCUACCUUGACUUUCCCUUGUAGCUUUCUAAGCGACCAUAUCUAAUAUGAUGCUGGACCUAAUUAAUUUC